AUGGACGAGCUUUUUGACGUUUUCGACGCUCCUGCUGGGGCUCACGACGAGUCGCCCAGUGAGGCCGAGCCUGAGUCUCAGCCGCCUAAGUCGCGCAAGAAGGAUAAGAAGAGCAAGAAGCGCAAGGCCGAUGGCGAGAUCAAGAAUGGCGUCGCCCUUAAGCAGGAAGACGCGGACAUGCCCGACGCCGACGAGACCUCUCGAGACGGAGAGGAUGCCGAUGAUGCGGCUGCCACGUCCGACGACCAGCACGAGAGUCACAAGCGCCGAAAGAAGGAGGACGAAGCUCAGCCCGUCUUGACCGACACCUUCCAGACUGCCGAGUCCCGAGAGGUCGCCGGCGCAGCUACCUUCACCAAGGCCGAGGACGAAUCUCUCGUCCUGUCCCACAACAUUCAGCAUCAGGUCGCCUUGCCUCCUGACCUGGACUACGAAUACGUCCCUCUCUCAGAGCACAAGCCCCCGGCCGAGCCCGCGCGGAAAUACAACUUUAAGCUCGAUCCUUUCCAGGCGCUGUCCGUCGCUUCGAUUGAGAGAGAGGAGAGUGUGCUGGUCUCUGCCCACACGUCCGCCGGAAAGACGGUUGUCGCCGAAUACGCGAUCGCCCAAUGUUUGAAGCGAAACCAGCGCGUCAUCUACACGAGUCCGAUCAAGGCCCUUUCCAACCAAAAGUACCGAGACUUCGAAGCUCUGUUUGGCGACGUAGGCCUGAUGACUGGUGAUGUCACGAUCAACCCCACCGCCAGUUGCCUCGUCAUGACCACCGAGAUUUUGCGCUCCAUGUUGUACCGCGGUUCCGAGAUCAUGCGCGAAGUUGCCUGGGUCGUUUUCGACGAGAUCCACUACAUGAGAGAUAAGACGAGAGGUGUGGUCUGGGAGGAGACGAUCAUUCUUCUUCCCGAUAAGGUUCGCUACGUAUUCCUGUCCGCCACCAUCCCGAACGCCUUCCAGUUCGCCGAGUGGAUUGCCAAGAUCCACCACCAAGCGUGUCACGUCGUUUACACCGAUUUCCGACCUACUCCUCUUCAGAACUACUUUUUCCCCUCUGGCGGCAACGGUAUCUUUUUGGUGGUGGACGAGAAGGGUGUCUUCAGAGAAGGCAACUUCCAGAAGACUAUGGCUUUGGUUGAGGCGGGCAAAGGCCAAGACCCUUCCAACGCGAACGCCAACUGGAAGGGCAAGGGUGCCAAGAAGAACACUCAAAAGGGUGGCCAGGCAGCCGACAUGAAGUCCGACAUCUCCAAGAUCGUCAGAAUGAUCAUGCAGAAGAGCUUCCACCCUGUCAUCAUCUUCAACUUCAGCAAGAAGGAGGUCGAGAAUCUGGCCCUGAACAUCUCUCACUUCCAGUUCAACAACGACUCCGAGCAGGCCAUGGUCAAGACUGUCUUCAAUAACGCUAUUCAGAGCUUAUCCGAAGCUGAUCGUGAGCUCCCCCAGAUCCAGAACUUGCUUCCUCUGCUGCAGAAGGGCAUCGGUGUGCAUCACUCCGGUCUUCUCCCCAUCUUGAAGGAGACCAUUGAGAUUCUCUUCCAGGAGUCCCUUAUCAAGGUCCUCGUUGCGACCGAGACAUUCUCUAUUGGUCUCAACAUGCCUGCCAAGACUGUUGUCUUCACUCAAGUCACCAAAUGGGACGGCGUCAAGCGAAGACCGUUGACCCCGUCAGAAUACAUCCAGAUGUCUGGUCGCGCUGGUCGUAGAGGUCUGGAUUCCCGUGGUAUCGUCAUCAUGAUGAUCGACGACAAGAUGGAGCCGGACACCGCACGCGCUAUCGUUGUUGGUGAGCAGGACCGUCUCAACUCUGCUUUCUACCUCGGCUACAACAUGAUCCUCAACCUCCUCAGAAUCGAGGCUAUUUCUCCCGAAUUCAUGCUCGAGCGCUGCUUCCACCAGUUCCAGACCGGUGCCAGUGUUCCCGCUCUCGAGCGCGACCUGAUGGCGCUCCAGCAGGAGAGGGACGCCAUGUCCAUUGCCGAUGAGGCCACCGUCAAGGACUAUUAUAACUUGCGGAACCAACUCGAGCAAUACACCAGCGACAUGCGUGCCGUGAUUCAGCACCCGGAUUACUGCAUAGACUUCAUGCAGCCUGGCCGCCUGGUCAGAAUUCACGACCCAAAGAAGACCAACACUACUCUGGGCGGCACCGAUUACGGCUGGGGUGUUGUCUGUGACUUGGCAAAGCGUAAGGCGAACAAGCCUGGAGAACCCGAGUACCCCCCUCAAGAGACCUACUUCAUCGACGUCAUGAUGUUCGUCGACCAGAAGAGCAAGCCGGCUCCUCAGGUAAAUGAGCGCCCUUCGUCUGGCGACAUGGCCCCCGGAAUGAUUCCUUGCGCCAAGCCCGACGAGCCUGGCGAAGGUGCACGCUUCGAGAUCAUUCCUUGCCUCUUGACCUGCAUCAAGAACAUCAGUCAAAUCAGAAUUUUCAUGCCGAAGGAGCCGAAGAGCCAAGCGGGUAUUGAGGCGGCCAGCAAUGCUCUCAGAGAGGUUUGCAGAAGAUUUCCUGACGGAGUGCCUAGCCUCGACCCGAUCGAGAACAUGGGCAUCACCGACGACUCCUUCAGAUCUCUUAUGAGGAAAAUUGAGAUGUUGGAGGCGCGUCUGAUCACCAACCCUCUCCACGGAUCUCCCCUACUCCCCGAGCUCUACCUGCAGUAUCGUGCCAAGGAGAAGCUGGGCGAGCAAAUCAAGGCCAAGAAGAAGGAGAUUGCGAGACUUCACAGCAUUGCUCAGAUGGAUGAGCUCAAGGGGCGCAAGCGUGUCCUGCGCCGUCUUGGUUUCCUCAACGAGAACGAGGUCGUUGAGCUCAAGGCCCGUGUGGCCUGCGAAAUUUCAUCCACUGAGGGUCACGAACUUGUUCUGGCUGAACUCCUAUUCGACCGUUUCUUCAACGAACUCUCCCCGGAGAUGAUCGCAUCCGUUCUCAGCUGCUUCGUCCUUGACGAGAAGCUUGAGACCGCAGCCCUCCGCGAGGAACUGGCCAAGCCCUACCGCGAGGUACAGGCCAAGGCGAAGCAGGUCGCCAAGGUUAGCAGAGAGAGCAAGCUUGAGCUCAACGAGGAUGAAUACCUGGCUGGAUUCAAGUGGCAGUUGAUGGAGACUGUAUACUCAUGGGCCCAGGGCAAGCCAUUCGCAGAUAUUUGCAAAAUGACCAACGCGUACGAAGGAUCCCUGAUCCGUCUCUUCCGCCGUCUGGAAGAGCUCAUGCGCCAGAUGGGUCAGGGUGCCAAGGUUAUGGGUAGCGAGGAGCUCUGUCAAAAGUUCGAGGACAGUCUGGCCAAGGUCCGCCGCGACAUUGUUGCCGCCCAGAGCUUGUACCUCUAA